AUGGAGAAGUUAAAUCGUUGUCAACUUCCAGAUUCUUCUUCUUCGCCACCAUUAAGUGGAAUUUUUCAUAACUUCGAUGACGAGGCAAUGUCAGAUUUACCUUCUUGUGUAUACGCAAAUGUUCAUCAUCACCAUCAUCAUCAAUUAAGCUCAGCUCAGAUCCCCUUAAAUAAUUUAGGAUUAUCUUCAAAUACUAAUCAAUCACCAACCGGUGGCAACAACUUAAGAAUUAAUCACAAUAAUUUUAAAAUUCAUCAACAUUUUCUUCAGCAUUCUGCUGAUGUUUCUGACGUACCAGCAACAUCGACUUCGACAGCUUCUAUGAGUAAUUUUGGUGGACCAAUUAAAAACAAUAGACAACAUGGAAAUGUUCGAGAACGUAAAAGGACUAUUAGGUCGGCACCAAAUGGUUCCAUCAAUUCCGCAUUUGACGAGCUACGUGUUCAUGUUCCAACAUUUCCAUAUGAGAAACGUUUAAGCAAAAUCGAUACUUUAAGAUUAGCGAUUGCAUAUAUCGCUCUUUUACGUGAAGUUUUAGAAGCUGAUUAUGAUCCCUUAACUUAUGUUGAAAAAUGUCUACGAGGUGAAAUCAAAGCAGAUCGCGCAAGUUGGAAUACAAGUGAUCUGACAGCUCGUUUAUCUUGGAUCAAUUGGGAAAAUCUUGGAGUUCAUCCUGGAAGACGAACACUUUUAACAACACUCGCACUUGGUGCUGAUACUACUCAUCUUAUGGGACCUCACAUUUA